UCUCCUUUGGAAAAAAUGGCGGUGGUAAAGUUCACCAGGGACACAGACUGCGCAUGUCCCGGCUUCUCUCCACUAUCAGAGCUAACCUUUUGCUCCCUGAGAAGGUUCCUGUUGAUCCAGCUGUCAGACAUGAUCUCUUUGCGGCACUCAGUGCGGCCUCUCCUCCUCCGGGCCUCGGGAUGUUUGGGGCGACAGGUGACAGCUUGGUACAGCAGCACCAGCGCUGGAGGGUGGAGGGGCCAGGAGAGUUUGGCCCAGGACGACCCAGAAAUGUGGAGCCUCCUUCAGCAGGAGAAGGACAGACAGUGCAGAGGACUGGAGCUCAUCGCAUCAGAGAACUUCUGCAGUCGUGCGGCUCUGGAGGCGCAGGGCUCCUGCCUCAACAACAAGUACUCGGAGGGAUACCCGGGACAAAGGUACUACGGCGGUGCGGAGAUCGUGGAUCAGAUUGAGCUGCUGUGUCAGAAGAGAGCGCUUGCUACUUUCAACCUGGACCCAAGCCAGUGGGGCGUCAACGUCCAGCCAUAUUCCGGAUCUCCGGCCAACUUCGCAGCGUACACCUCUGUCCUGAAGCCUCACGAUCGCAUCAUGGGACUGGAUCUCCCGGACGGUGGACACCUCACUCAUGGCUACAUGACAGACGCCAAGAGAAUCUCCGCCACCUCCAUCUACUUUGAAUCCAUGCCUUACAAACUGGACCCACAAACCGGGCUGAUCGACUACGAGCAGCUGGAGAAGACCGCCCGGCUCUUCAGACCCAGACUCAUCAUUGCAGGAACCAGCGCUUACGCCCGCCUCAUCGACUACGCUCGCAUGAAGAAGCUGUGUGAAGAGAUGAACGCCUACCUGCUGGCAGACAUGGCUCACAUCAGUGGCCUGGUGGCAGCAGGGGCCGUUCCCUCCCCGUUCCUCCAUGCGGACCUGGUUACUACCACGACUCACAAGUCCCUGCGUGGAGCAAGAGCUGGCCUCAUCUUCUUCCGUAAAGGCGUGCGAUCUGUGGACAAAAAAGGCCGGGAGGUGAUGUACGACCUCCAGGAUCGGGUGAACUUCGCCGUCUUCCCAUCUCUGCAGGGAGGACCUCACAACCACGCCAUCGCAGGGGUGGCGGUUGCGCUCAAACAGGCUUCCACUCCCAUGUUCAAGCAGUACAUCAAUCAAGUGCUGCUGAACGCCAAGACCAUGGCGGACGCCCUGCUGAAGAAAGGCUACACACUAGUGUCAGGUGGAACGGACAACCACCUGGUCCUGGUUGACCUGCGUCCUCGCGGGAUGGACGGCGCCAGGGCAGAGCGGGUCCUGGAGUUGGUGUCCAUCACUGCCAACAAGAACACCUGCCCCGGCGACAGGAGCGCGAUGACUCCUGGAGGACUCCGGCUCGGAGCCCCAGCUUUAACCUCCCGACAGUUCAAAGAACCAGACUUUGAGAAAGUGGUGGACUUCAUUGAUGAAGGAAUUCAGAUCGCACUGGACGUAAAGAAGAAAACAGGAAACUUGUCAAGCUUUAAAUCUUUCCUGCUGGAGGACGCCGGGACUAUGUCACGCAUUGCAGAGCUCCGCCAGCGGGUGGAGCUGUUUGCAAGGCCCUUCCCCAUGCCAGGAUUCUCAGACCACUAGCCCAGCCCCUCCUCAACACGGGGCAAGCAGGUGGCACUACAUCAACAUUCAUCUGGACAGCGUUGUCAUGGAAACAAUCUUUACUCUCAGGUGGAGACCAGCAACAAAGAACACUCUACUCAUGAAUGUGCUCUCCGAGACCAUUGGGAUUAAAAACGAUGACCAUUGUUUACCGUUGUAACACUGGAAACGCCACUCUUCGCCUGCAGAUUUAACUUGAUGUAUGACUUGACAGCGGUCUCAAGAGUCUUCAGCCAGGCCUGGCUUCCCUUCUAGGGGCCUUAUUACCAUCAAGCUUUGUUGAGAUCCCAGUCGUCUGGGAAAACUCAAAAGCCUGGCUUUCUCAAUUGAAACCAGGACCGACUCUUUAGUUUCCCAGUUGGCUUGACUCAACAAGACAAACAAGGUCAAAACACGUGUGCCAUUUACAAUGAAGUUACUACCAAAAAAACGCAGAAAACCUUUUCUUUAUGUUCAAGUCAAUUCAUUUCCUCACUUUAAAUUGUGUUUACUGUGACAUGUUUAUGGUCUUAAAUAAAGAGUGAUUCA